AUGCGUUCAUCUUUUGCCCUCCUCGCUAUGGCCGUCUCGGCCGUCUCGGCCCAGACGACUGUCCAGAACUAUAAGAGCUCCCUUGACAUGACGAUUGACCCCAACAGUGUAGAUCUCGCUACCCGAUCUUCCUGGUGUGGUGCCCAGCAGAACACUUGUGAUGCUCUUUGCAAGGACGACACAAACGAAAACAAAUGUACCGAGAACGAUCUCAAGUGGGAAUGCACUUGCUCCUCCAACAGCUCGACCCCCGGUCUCCAGUACUACACCCAGACCAUGCCUACCUUCAUUUGCGAGGAGCUUUUCAGCCAGUGCAUUUCGCAGAACACUGGCAGCCAGUCUGGUCAGAAGGAAUGCACUUCCAAGAUCGAAGACAAAUGCGCCAAGCAGAGCCCCCCUAAGGACGUGGUUAGCGACGAUGACGACGAUACUUCCAGCACUGCUACCGACACUGCUACUACAAGUACAUCCGCCACUCGUGCCUCAUCGGAAGCCACUGGCACUGCUGCGUCCGUGACAUCGACGUCAUCCGAUGCUUUCGCUGCCCCUACCAUGGCGCCAGCGGGCAGGGGUGCGGCCGCCGCUGUGGCUCUCGGCAUGAUGGCCUACCUCAUCUAA